GAUUUGUGGAAUCGGCCUCGAGGGUCUGUUUCUUCAGAUUCAUCACAAGAACCUGGUGCAUCUCUUUUUUAUUCUGUCCCUAAUCUAUUAACGGAUGCUGAAAUUCGUGAAUCCAUCUCUUUGCAACCUUCACAAGUGCGAAAUUAUAAUCAAUAUGAUGAUGACGACGAACAUCUGGGAUCCGAUCCUGUUCCUGGAGCAGCUUUCUUAGAAAAUCCAUUCUCGGAUAAUCGAAAUACACAGGCCGCGGCAGCGAUCUAUCGCAACGUCCCUCCUUCGCCCACUACUAGAAUAUCUAGCGAUACACUGUCGGAAGGACUACUUCCAUCAUCUUCGAUACCACCCCCGCUAUUAUCAGGUCUUUCACAUCGUAAAUUCAGAGAUCCGGCAUUUGCGGCUUUAUUUGUUGUCGGAUUAGCGACAUUGUCGUUAAUAGGCCUAUUUUUAUUAUUUACAACUAGCUCUUCUCCGUCAAGAGAUUACACCCGUGGAACCGGCAACUUUUUAUCUCCAUAUUGUUCUCAAUCUCCUUUAAUAUGGGGAAUAUUGGUAUCGGUUCCAUUUAUAUUUGCGAUAAUGUUUAUUUGGACUGUUGUAGCAGCUUUAACUGGACCUCGUCAAGAAUCUGGAAAACGUGAUCCGCAAGACAUUCUGCUUUUGGUUUUAUCCUUUAUUCCAUUCUUUAUUUCGCUCGGCUCUGUUAUAGGUUUAUACACUCGUAAAAAGGAUGUUGAGAAAACAAUAAAUAUAAUAGAGUUGGCUUGUGAAAUCUUUAACGCAAAUCACAGAAUGCUUGGCGUUUC